GGAAACGAGGCUGUUAGCUUCAGGAAAUCAGUUGGUGGAAAAAAGGCUUCCUUUCUGUAGUCAAACCAGCCCUGCACGGAGUCAAACAUCCUCGGAGAGGCGUCAAACUGUGGCUGAUGGACCCUGGGAUGAUAAUUUUUGAUCUACAGUUUGUCCGUCGGUAGCACGCCCGGUUGCCGAGGCGCCGGGCUGGGCCGGAACCAGAACCAGGCCCGAACGGACGGACAUUACCCAGCGCUGCGUUUUGCGACACCGGCGGGCUGGUGUGUGAGUUGAGGGGGUGCUGGCAUGCUGUCUGGAAGGGAAGUGUAAUGUUUAUCACCGUCAUAGCUAGACAGCAAGUUCGUCUUUGAGUCCGUGAUACUUCUGGUUUAUCAGAUCAAAUGUAAAGGCUGGAGUCUGGAGCAUGGGACUGAGCGAAAACAGCCAGGAGCGAGCUAGCUUUAACGUUAGCUAACAUCAGACUUAACGGACAUCAACUUUUCCUCUCAAGAGCUACACAACGCAAGGAAGUCAAAUGCAUAUGGGAAGUAUGUCUUGGUUUAUGUAGAGGGCGAGACAUCAUUUUAUAUCGCCUGUAUUUUUCAGUUUACUUGUAACCUCGGAAAGGGCCUGAUAAAUGUUUCUGGAGCGAGUAUAGUAGUUAAGCUAAGUCGUUAGCUGCUAAGUUAGCCUGCCUCGUUUGCCCCAAUGAAAGAAUACAAAGUGGUCGUGCUGGGCAGCGGCGGCGUCGGGAAGUCCGCGCUGACCGUCCAGUUUGUCACCGGCACCUUCAUCGAGAAAUACGACCCCACCAUCGAAGACUUUUACCGAAAGGAGAUCGAGGUGGACUCGUCUCCUUCCGUAUUGGAAAUCCUCGACACGGCGGGGACGGAGCAGUUUGCUUCCAUGAGAGAUCUGUACAUCAAGAACGGACAGGGCUUCAUCCUGGUCUACAGUCUGGUCAACCAACAGUCAUUCCAGGACAUCAGACCAAUGCGAGACCAAAUAGUGCGGGUAAAGCGCUUUGAGAAGGUGCCCUUGAUCUUGGUGGGGAACAAAGUGGACCUGGAAUCUGAGCGCGAGGUCGCUGGGUCAGAUGGGCGAGCUCUGGCUCAGGAGUGGGGCUGUCCGUUCAUUGAAACUUCUGCAAAGAGCAAGACUAUGGUGGACGAGCUUUUUGCAGAGAUUGUCCGACAGAUGAAUUAUUCCACGCUGCCAGAGAAGCAGGAGCAGUGCUGCACAGCCUGUGUGGUGCAGUGAGGAAGAGAUGCAUCAGAUGUCUGGAAAACCACAAAGAUUCUGAUGAACCAUGAACCUGGGGACAAGUGACAUUCAAUCCUACUGACAUAACUUACCGCAGCUGGUAAAGUUUCUGUUCACGGUGGUUUCUGACUGUCUGUGAUGAGGCAUCUGACAGGAAAGACCUUGCUCCUAUUUUUGAUAUCAUAACUGUUGAGACUUUUCUGCUGCAACCUUUACGGCCUUGGCAAUGACCCAGGAUGGAGUCAGACAGAAGGACUUUUAAUAGGCGAGAACGGCCAUCUGUGAAUUUCAGUCUUUUUUUUUUUUAAUCCUUUUAGUCAGAAGUAUCCAGAAAUAAUACGCAGGAGUGUUUGUGUGGUUGCAGCUUCUUUUUAAAGCUGCUUUAAUCACUAUUAUAUACUUUAUUAUUACUUGUAUUAUGUCUCAAGUUUUGGAUUUGACAAAGUAUUUCACAAUAUUAAACAUUUUGACUUUUAAGCAUGCAUGCUUCAUCCAGUGUGCUGCCCGGGUUCUCUGUUUGUUUUAUUUUGAAAAUAUAGUCAAACAUAGUUCUUCAUACUGACAGUAACUACAGUUACAGGGAUUGGUUUUAAAUGUAGGUAGGAUGUAUGACUUUUUGAAUUAAACCUGUAACACUGAUAUCAAGGGUUACUUUAUCUGGCAGAUCUCUUUGCUGUACCUUAAUUUACCUUCUCAUGAUCGCAGUAACCUGACGCAGCGAUACCUGAAAACAUGCAUGCUUAAAAGUGGAAAAAUGUUCUAUUAAAUCAACUUGAAGUGAUAAGGAAGAGCCAUUUUACUGUUUUUAGCCGGAAUUCUGUUUAAGUCUCUGCAAGGCAUGAAUCGCGUGGACGCAGGUCUUCCAGUUUCAGUUUUCUCUGUGGGAGAAUGAUUUUGGAACGACCAAAGGAAGCUCACAGUGCAUAUUUUAGUGUUUGACUAUAUGGCGUGUGUUGCUUUAAAUUCAGGAGACGCUGAUUUUCUUUCCAUUGAAUAACUCGCUGCAAUGUGGUUUGAUAAAAGUUCUGGCACAGUUAAUCAGAUUUAACUUUGUAUUUUUUUCUUUUUCUUAUAGUAACCUAUUUAUUAAAAACUAAUGACAUGGGUAGCCAGUUGAUUUUGAUUUUAUACUAGUUUUGGCUUUUUGUGACUUAUCAGGAUUCAUGGUACAUGGUUUGUUUUUUGAAGCUGAGGAUUUAACAGAGCCUUAAAUAAUUUCUGUUGCA